CUCGGCAGCUUGCUCCUGCGUUUACGCCACAACUCCGUGGUAGCCUAGUUUACAAACAACUCAAAAGUACUGAGAAACUUUACUUUUGGCAGGUUGCGAAUGAUUUGCUGUAUAAUAUCUGUUCAUAUUUCGUGUAACACCUUAAAAUCAUUGUAGUAAAGUUGUUGUUUUGUGCUGGGAUAUCAAAGCUAGCUAUAAGAGUGAAAAGACUGUGGCUACAGUAGCCAAGUUAGCUUCUCGCACCAAUAUGGAGUUCGGUUCCAAGCUCAAGGACCUGAAUAUGACACCGGAUGAAAUGGGCCGCUUCACCAAGGCUUUUCAAAAUGAGGAAUUCAGAAAGAUGCUGCACGAAUACGCAGAGGAAAUAUCAAAGCCAGAGAACAAGAAGAAAUAUGAGGAAGAAAUCAAGUUGUUAGAACAAGAGAGGGGCGUGGACAUUCAAUUUGUCCACCCCAAACCUUACCGAGCCCUGAAGACGAGUAUGGACGGUAGGCAGAAGUGCUUCAUCAAUGUCUGCAGCAAUGACAUGAUUCGUAAACCUGAGUUUAGGAGGGUAGACGAGGCUGGCAGAGUAGGGCAGCAUUGGUCACUACCCCACAGCUUGACACCUGGAACUCCAGACAGGGAUGCAAAGGGGAAUAAGUACACAAUCUAUGAUGUUGUGUUUCAUCCAGACACUAUUCACAUGGCUGGAAACAACCCAAGAUUUAUGGAAAUGGUUGACAACACUGCUGUUGAGGCUGUCGAGAAUGGGGGCAAAGUGAAGCUAGACAAAAACAAUGUAAGAGUUUUGAAAAUCAAAUACAAAGGGACACCACACGCUGCCGUCAUGCGCAAGCCCUUACCUGGUCAACCUGCCAAGGAAAAACCUUCACCACUUGACAAUCAUCUCUCGUUCCCCUACCCCGACGAAAAGCAACCAGAUACGGCAACAAAUCAAAAGGAGAGCCCUACACCGAGGGCCGAGAUUCAGUCCGACACCCAGAUCAGCCAGAGACAACAAAAUGUCAAUUCACCCAAGAAGCCAACAAAACCACAUUACACUCUAAAAUACAGAUCAUUCAUUGACUUGCAAGAUUUCAGGUGUUCAAGAGAUUCAGCUCAGAGCCCACGCCCUAAAGAGAUUGUCAUCACUAUUGAUUUGCCUUUGCUUAGAUCUGUUGCGGAUGCUGAUCUAGAUGUGACUGAAAGACUUGUUAGUUUGGAAUCCAAGAAACCAGCUUACAGACUAGAGGUGCCGAUGGCAUAUCCAGUGGAUGAAAAGAAGGGAGAGGCAAAGUUCAACAAGCAAAAGAAACAACUGGUUGUUACUUUACCUGUUCUACCUCUGAAGGAGCCAACAGUCGCUGAAGUGUCUGGCCGGCAGAUUUUCAAUGAUGAUGGUGAAGAGGAUUUUGAGAAUAGUUGUGUAAGCGCAGCACAGUCGGAAGACGCAACACGUGGAAAAGAAGAUACCCCCGACCACAACGGACUUAGCAGAGAAGAUACCCCCAACCACAGCGGACGUGGCAAAGAAGAUACCCGCGACCACAACGGACUUGGCAAAGAAGAUACCCCCUACCACAGUGGACGUGGCAAAGAAGAUACCCCCGACCACAACGGACUUGGCAAAGAAGAUACCCGCGACCACAGCGGACUUGGCAAAGAAGAUACCCCCGACCACAGCGGACUUGGCAAAGAAGAUACCCCCGACCACAGCGGACUUGGCAAAGAAGAUACCCCCGACCACAACGGACUUGGCAAAGAAGAUACCCCCGACCACAACGGACUUGGCAAAGAAGAUACCCCCGACCACAACGGACUUGGCAAAGAAGAUACCCCCGACCACAACGGACUUGGCAAAGAAGAUACCCCCGACCACAACGGACUUGGCAAAGAAGAUACCCCCAACCACAGAGGAUGUGGCAAAGAAGAUACCCCCGACCACAACGGUUGCAAUGAAGGGGACAGCUCAGAAGACGUUCACUCUGAAAAUGCCACAUCACUCCGGUCUGAAAAUCAACUAAUUUCAGUCCUGGAAGACAAGAUAGAGUUUUCUGAACAGUCUGGUGACAUUGAGGAGGACAAGCAACACAAACUGAGAAGUGUUGAAUCACACCGAGCUAAAGCUUCAGAGCCCACUGAGUUUGAUGGCAAGACUGGGUGCACUGACCAGAAUGAGGGACGGUCAGAUGACAAUAAUUUACAUGAUGAGGUGGAAACAGACCCCUCAUCCCUGAGCGAGAGAAUAGAUGACCCAUCUAACACUGCAGCAAUGGUCAUCCCAUUCAAUCUUGACCAGGCCAAAGACUGCUCAUCCCCCAAGAUCGAAGAGAUAGUUGAAAGUCAAGCUCCAACUAAGAAUAAACAGAAGACUGUGCAAUUCAGUGAGCAUGUGGAGGUGGCUCAGUCUCAGGAGGAAGAGGAGGAUGACCUGCCUGCUGAGCAGACCGUUCAGGACUGUGAUAUGAGACCACAGCAAGUACUGCUGACAGAAAUCAACCAGGAUGGACAAGAGGUGGUAAUUUGUGAUCAUACUACAUCUGCCGGUUUCGUUUUUCAAAACUCCUUUAUCUAUGACCUGGACUGAGUCUCCUGUCAAGGAACUUAUGAUACUAGAUACUAUAUGAAGUUUGUUGCUAAUUCAAUUCGUUGAGGUCUUGCGUGAAAACCUAAAAUCCUUUUAUCCAAUUGAGGGCAAUAGGAAAAAAGUAUUUAAAAAGUUUAUCUGAAUAAGUGAAUCAGUAAGACUCCCAUGUCUUCAGUAUCAAUUUCAGAGAUCUCCUUUUGAAACUAUUUGAAUAAGUUAUUUCCCAUAUACUUCUUUCUACAAAAGGGGGAAAAGUUUACAUUUAGUAUGUUUAAGCAAUAAAGCCCAUAUACCGAUGUAUAUGCCAAUCAGCAUUCAGUGGCGUACCCACCCAAUUUAUAAUUAGUUUUAUACUUACCAUUUGCUAUUAGGCCUACAUGUUGAGGGUGUGGAGAAGCUCACCAUUUGAGCAACGCUUCAACGAUUGUAAAAUGCUGUACUCAGACCAUGCCACGGGGUUCAAGUCUGCUUGACAUAUCAAAGGAUGCAUUAGUCACACCACAAAUACAAACAUUUUAAACAAUUGUUUUUGUACAUUGUGUACUACUACAAGAUGGAGCUACCUGGGGAGGCAGGUAGCCUCGUGGUUAGAGCAUUGGACUAGUAACCGAAAGGUUGCCAGAAUCCCUGAGCUAACAAGGUAAAAGAAAAUGGCAUUCUGCCCCUGAACAAGGAAGUUAACCCCCCUAGGCCAUCAUUGAAAAUAAUAAUUUGUUCUUAACGGACUUGCCUAGUUAAAUAAAGGUUUAAAAAAUAUAAAUAAAAAAUGGAAACAGAUGACAAAUAUCAUUUUAAACCUUCAGAAACUAAUUGAGACAAUGAUAGAUAUGGAUAGUUUCUUUAAUUUCCUUUCAAACUUGUACCAAUACAGUAAAAAUAAAUCAACAUUUUUUGAAUUCCACAAACAUAUAAAAAUGUUUAUAUACACAAAACACACAUUGUUUAAACAGAUAUAAACUACUACUUGUCAUUUUAGGUUUCUCAAUCUGUACCACUGAUGGUGAAACACACUUGAAUACAAAAUGUCUGAUCAGUGGUUACAUAAGAGGUUCUGAGAUGCGUGUUGGGUCCAAUGACCAAAGAGUUCAUACUGCCCUUUACAUUACAGUCUACACUGGCUGGUCACCAUUGCCUUCAGAAUAAUACCAAAAGCAUUAACCACGUUUCCAUCCGACCAUUUCAUGUGGAUUAAUUACCUAA